CAAAAGAAAAAAUGAACGCGAUCCGGAUAGGUCUGGAAGAUCCAACAGUCAAGUUAUAUCUAACCUUCUUGAAGUAUAUUCUACCAAUAAUCAAAGUCGUACCUGCUUUGUUAUCUCUUCCACAUUCUUGGGCUUGCGUGGAAAGACUUUUUUCCCAGUAUAACCUUAACAAAAACAAACUAAGGAAUCGUUUGUCACCCGAGGUAUUGGAAGGAUUAUUGGCUUCCAAAGAGUAUGUAAAGUUACAUAAAACAUCAAAUGGAGACAUUGAAAUCACCAGCGACAUGAAGAAGAAGUUUAACAGUAACAUGUAUAACAUGAAAAAUUGGUAA